GCAUUACAUUAAUUCACUUAGCUUAUGCUCUUGUUUCUCCCCAUUUGUAUAUGUGGAUAUUUCAGAAAAACAUUUCAGGUUAUAUGGGUUUGAUGUGCCCUGCGAUCGACUGCCAUCCCGUCCAUGGUGAACCCCAGUCUGUGCCAUGUGCUGCCUGGGAUUGGCUCUAGGCCUCCCAUGAUCCUGAUCAAGGUAAGCGAUUGUUAGAUGGAUGGAUACGUAGACUAAUCAAUCACAUUAAUACUCUUUCUGAGUGUGACGCCUUACAACUGUGUCCGAAUUUUCACAUGACGUUUUACCUUCUCAAAGCCCCUAGACUGAAUAGAACGUAAAGGAAUACGACCAGGAAAGGCGCAUCUGUGUGAAACGAAUUCGCUUCGGAUUUAGACUCCCCGCCCAAGCAUGACAUCAUCUUUCUUCAGUAUACAGCCAACCAACCAGCGGACGCGGAUGGACCUCACUGGGCAGAGGGCGCCGGGAUGCUGCACUGACAUUGGCCCGUCUAGCUGUCAGUCAUAUGAUGUCCUGAUUCAGGGUAGGUUGGUGCUGAGCCUGCGUCUGGAUCGCGCGGCCGCGGUUAAAGAGCCGCGGAAGGAAUCCGUGUCCGUCGCUCUGUGUUGUAGCCCGUUCGCUUCGCUCCCUGCAGGAUGACGGCGUCCGCACAUCCCUGUCGCAGGACUGCCGUGCUUACGGCGCUGUGUAUGGAUUAAACAUGGCAUAGGUGGGCUUGGAGCCGCGCCAGCCGUAGCGAGUCGCGUACCCACCCCAGCCGGAGAGCCGGCGGUGCUUCGCCCGGCAGCGUAAGCAGCGGUACCCGGUUCGCCAGCGGACAUUCUGCGGUCGCCUUGAGGGUUAAGCAGUCAGCGGGGGGCGGCGUUUCUUUUCUUCUCUCCUCCCGGUAGUUUGGAUACUGACCAGCUGGCUCGCGAGUAGCGACUCCCCUGAAGGAUUUGCUCACGCCCGGCGGCUGCUGCGGCUUUGGUCCCGGCGCAGACAUGGGGCUGCCCGCCCUGGAGUUUAGCGACUGCUACCUGGACAGCCCCCAGUUCCGCGACAGGCUGAAGUCUCAUGAGCUGGAGCUGGACAGGACGAACAAGUUCAUCAAAGAGCUCAUCAAGGACGGCAAGGCGCUCAUUCAGGCGCUGAGAAAUCUGUCCACGGCCAACCGCAAGUUUGCAGAGUCACUCAACGACUUCAAGUUCCAGUGCAUUGGCGAUGCCGUCACGGACGACGAGAUCUGCAUCGCAAGGUCCCUGCAGGAGUUUGCCGGGGUCCUGAAGAGCCUGGAGGAUGAGCGGGCGAGAAUGAUCGAAAAUGCCAGUGAUGUGCUGAUCACCCCCCUGGAGCGCUUCCGGAAGGAGCAGAUCAGCGCCGCCAAGGAGGCCAAAAAGAAGUAUGAGAAGGAGACUGAGAAGUACUGCGGCGUGCUGGAGAAACACCUGAACCUGUCGGCUCGGAAGAAAGAGGCCCAGCUUCUGGAGGCCGACAGUCAGGUGGACCACGUGAGGCAGCACUUCUACGAGGUCUCCCUGGAGUACGUCUUCAAGGUCCAGGAGGUGCAGGAGCGCAAGAUGUUCGAGUUUGUGGAGCCGCUGUUGGCUUUUCUGCAAGGUCUGUUUACCUAUUACCAUCACGGGUAUGAGCUGGCGAAGGACUUCAAUGACUUCAAGACUGACCUCACCAUCAGUAUCCAAAAUACGAGGAACAGGUUUGAGGGCACGCGGUCCGAGGUGGAGAGCCUGAUGAGGAAGAUGAAGGAGAAUCCGCACGAGCACAAGAGCGUCAGUCCGCACACCAUGCAGGGCUAUUUGUUCAUACUGGAGAAACGUUCCUUCGUGUCCACGUGGGCCAAGUACUACUGUAGCUACCACCGCGAAUCCAAACGCUUCACCAUGGUGAUGUUCGACCAGAAGUCCGGGGGCAAAGUGGGCGAAGAAGAGUCCUUUACACUGAAGUCCUGCACUCGGAGGAAGACUGAGUCCAUCGAGAAGAGGUUCUGUUUCGAUGUGGAGGCAACGGACCGGAGUGGGGUGACGACGAUGCAGGCCCUGUCGGAGGAGGAUCGGCGCCUCUGGAUGGAGGCCAUGGACGGGAGGGAGCCGGUGUAUAACCUGAACAAGGACAGCCAGAGUGAAGGGGUUGCGCAGCUGGACAGUAUUGGCUUUAAUGUCAUCAGGAAGUUCAUCCACGCCGUGGAGACCAGAGGCAUCGAGGAACAAGGCCUCUACCGGAUCGUGGGAGUCAGCUCCAGAGUGCAGAAGCUGCUGAGUCUGUCCAUGGACCCCAAAACCAGUGCGGACGUGGAACUGGGCAACUCGUCAGAGUGGGAGAUAAAGACCAUCACCAGUGCGCUGAAACACUACCUGAGAAUGCUCCCUGCUCCCCUAAUGACGUACCAGUUCCAGAGGACAUUCAUCAAGGCAGCAAAACUGGACAACCCGGAAACCCGGAUCGCCGAGAUCCACAGCCUCAUCCACCACCUUCCAGAGAAGAACAGGCAGAUGCUAGACCUGCUCAUGAUGCACUUGGCAAAUGUAGCCAGGCACCACCAGCAGAACCUCAUGACGGUGGCCAACUUGGGCGUGGUGUUUGGGCCGACCCUUCUACGGCCCCAGGAGGAGACCGUGGCAGCGAUCAUGGACAUCAAGUUCCAGAACAUAGUCGUGGAGAUCCUCAUUGAGAACUACGAGAAGAUUUUUAAGGGCCUUCCCCCGCUGGACGGUGGCCAGCCGGAUCCAGUGGGCAACACCACGAGGCCCCACAUGGACAGCCGAGCCCCGUCGUGCAGUGAGCGCCCCCUCACCUUCUUCCACACCCCCCCACUUGCGGAGCCAGGUAGUAUCACGCAUGCUGCAUCUCCUGCGUCUGCGUGUCCUGUGUCUGCGUGUCCUGUGUCUGCGUGUCCUGUGUCUGUGUCGCCUGCGUCUGCGUGUCCUGUGUCUGCAUUCACUGUGUGUGGCUCCCCUGCGUGUGCGUACCCCGUGUCUGUGUCGCCUGCGUCUGCGUGUCCUGUGUCUGCAUUCACUGUGGUGAACCCAAAGAGCCGCUCCAGUGUCCCCACAAGCCCGGCCUCCCCCAGCCCCUCCUCCCCACGUUCCCCCUCCUGGCCCAUGUUCUCCGCUCCCUCCAGCCCCCAGCCGGGUUCCAGCGACUGCUCCCUGGUCAGCCCUGUGGCACGGAAGGCCAGAGCACUGUACGCGUGCAAGGCGGAGCACCCGUCUGAGCUCUCCUUCACCGCGGGCGCCAUCUUUGAAAACGUUCACCCGUCGCGGGAGCCUGGAUGGCUGGAAGGAACCUUGGAGGGGAAGACGGGCCUGAUACCGGAGAAUUACGUGGAGUUCGUAUGAGCGGACUGGGCCGCGCUCGGUCCCUAGGGGGCGCUGGCCUUCAGGAGGCCUCUCUGCACAUGUGUGUGUGUGUCUAUGCCAUCACGCCUGGCCUCUCAUUUCCCCUCCCAGCCCUCACUGUCGUUCAGCACAGCUCCUCCCACGUCGGUCACCUGAGCACUGCCACUGUUUCCGGGCGUCUCACAGAGGCCCGGUCAUUAUGGGGAGGACGGUUGCUUGGCGACAGGGGAGCCUUGUCUCUGUGUCACCACCCCAUCUGAGGUGACCGUGCAGACAGGCAGGUCCCCAGGUGUGACAUGUACUGACUGUGCGUCUCUUCAUCGCUUGUGCUCCUUCGUUUAGAACUACUACGAAUAAUCAAAUUCUGAUGAAAAUCCUUAGAAAUAACGUACCUUUUCAAAUGUUCUGAAAUAUUUGUACAUUUCAUUUUGACAAAUCUUGUUUGGUUAUUUACAGUGAUGUAGCCUGGGAAUGGGGGGUGGGGGAGUUCAGUGUGAAGAAAGACUCCUUGGGUCGUGCAUAAGCCUCUUUAAACAUUAAAUUAAUGUUGCAGGACGGCAUGUGAAGUAGCAGAUACUUUGAUCAUAUUAACAUUGUAAAUACAUUUGGGGUAAAUUUUUUUAAGUAAAAGUUUAUAUUUUGUAUUUUAUAUUUUGCAUACUAACUUAAUUUUUUUUAGCUUAAUUUUUCGCCCUCUCCCCUGUCCAUUUUGACUGUUGAAUAUUGUUUUUGAUUAAAUCUUAAACUUUAAUAUUUUUUUUCUUUACACAAAGACAGCCGUAGAUGAACCCUGGAAGCCAUUUUACGAAUAGGAGGGUUGUGCAGCUGAAUUGUGUUACCAUCUGUUAGCCAAUUUGUACAGCAAAUGCAGAGAGACGCCCAUCGCAGGGAGGCUUAUAUAAGCAGGGGGCUGCAGAGAGAGAAGCCCAGCAAGGCCAUUGAUAGGGAGCAGCUGUUAAUCACCACCUGUACUGGUUAAUCAGUGACUGGACCUGGUUUGUGUCUCUUCCUGCAUAUUAAAAUGUUUUGGGUCAUAUGCCCAAAGACCCACCAUAACAUUUUAAAAAGUUAAAAUACAGUAUAAAAUGCCAUUAAAUGGACUUUAUUGCUACAGGGGGUAACGUUCAGCUUAAAAAUAGCUACGCUGUUUGGACUGAAACAGCACGUUCAGUUUUAGCAAGUCUGUGGAGUAGAAAACGGCUUAAAAGAAAAUGAAACCAAUAAAAGACGUUAAAACAACA